AUGGGUCUUUUGAGUUCUAAAAACUUCAAAUCCAAGCAAGCCCAAAUUCUCCUUCUGGGACUUGACUCUGCUGGGAAGUCUACUCUCCUUUAUAAGCUAAAGCUUGCUAAGGAUAUUGUGACCAUUCCGACGAUAGGUUUCAACGUGGAAAUGAUCGAGUUGGAAAAGAAUCUUUCACUCACCAUCUGGGAUGUUGGAGGCCAGGAGAAAAUGAGAACCUUGUGGGGCUGUUACUGUGAGGGCACUGAUGGGCUGGUGUAUGUUGUGGAUAGUACGGACAAACAGCGACUGGAAGACUCCAGGAGAGAGUUUGAGCACAUCUUGAAGAAUGAACACAUUAAAAAUGUGCCUGUUGUCCUACUAGCCAACAAACAAGAUGUGCCUGGAGCUCUGACUGCCGAGGACAUCACCAGAAUGUUCAAAGUGCAGAAGCUCUGCAGCGACCGGGCCUGGCAUGUGCAGCCCUGCUGUGCCAUCACUGGGGAUGGGCUGACGGAGGCAUUCAGAAGACUAACUGGAUUUGUGAAAAGCCACAUGAAGUCGAGAGGAGACACCUUAGCAUUCUUCAAGCAGAACUGA